GCCAGGCAACCCCGGAGCGAAGCAGUCCAGGUAGAAAGGGGUGGUUAAACGGGUCACUCCAGCGGCUUCAGCCCUCAGCCUGGGGCUCCUUAGCCAUCAGCCGUCACCUGCAGCCCCUGGAGCUUGUCCCUGCCUCAGAUGGAGCCCAGGGACGCCACUGGGAGAGAAAACACGGGCUCCAAGAGAAGGAACCUGGCCUUCCUGAGGCCCAGACUGUACAUGCUGGAGAGAAGGAAGACAGACACUGUGGUGGACAGCAGUGUCCCCGGGGACCACUCUGGGGCCCUGAGGAGGAGCCAGUCGGACAGGACCGAAUACAACCAGAAAUUACAAGAAAAGAUGACUCCACACGCCGAGGGCUCUGCCGCGGAGGCCCCGGGCUCGGAGGAAGAGCAUCAGAUGAGGAGGAUGAUGGCAAAGCGGGCAAAAAUCAUCAGGGAGCUGAUACAGACGGAAAAGGAUUAUCUCAACGAUCUGGAGCUGUGUGUCCGGGAAGUGGUUCAGCCCCUGAGAGAUGAACAGAUUGACAGGCUGGACGUGGACAGCUUGUUUUGCAACAUCGAAGCCGUGCACCAGGUAUCGGCCGAGCUGCUGUCCUUGUUGGAAGAGGCCACAACAGACGUGGAACCGGCCAUGCAAGUCAUCGGGGACGUGUUCUUGCAGAUGAAAGGGCCCCUGGAAGACGUCUAUAAAAUCUACUGCUACCACCACGACGAGGCCCACAGGGUCCUGGAGUCCUGUGAAAAGGAGGAGGAACUGAGGCAACACCUGAGCCAGUGUCUCCAGUCCCUAAAGAAAAUAUACAUGCAAGAAGGCAAACCGAGCUUACUGGACAUGGGCUCCCUGAUGAUCAAACCCAUCCAGCGCGUGAUGAAAUACCCCCUGUUGCUGUGUGAGCUGCGGAACUCCACCCCUGCCUCCCACCCGGAUCACAGGGCGCUGGGGGACGCCUUUGCCGCCGUGAGGGACAUCAACGUCAACAUCAACGAACUCAAAAGAAGGAAAGAUUUAGUUCUCAAAUACAAGAAGAAUGACGAGGAUGAAUCGCUCAGAGACAAACUAUCUAAACUCAACAUUCAUUCAAUUAGCAAGAAAUCAAAGAGAGUGACAAGUCAUCUAAAGAUUCUGACCAGAGGAGAAUCGCAGGUGAAAGACAAUACCUUUAACAGAGAAGAAAAGCUGUUCAGAUCGUUAGAGAAGACCGUGAGGCACUGUGUGAAGAACAUUUCAUUCUGUGUUCAGCACAUCCAGGACGCCAUGCCCCUGGCUCUGCAGAGUGUGAGGGACCUCCGGGAGAUUUCACACAGUGAGGAUGAGGACGACGGGGGCUGUCCGGAGACCCCGAGCAACGCCUCCAAUCCCUGCCGUGACUUUGCAGCUCCCUUACAGAGGCUCGUCCUGACCCCCCUGUCGGCCCUGCUGUCCUUGUUCCCAGGGCCUCACAAGCUCAUCCAGAAACGCUACGACAAGCUGCUGGACUACAACGGCUACCUGCAGCGGUCGGCAGGGGAUGAGUCCGACUUGGCCAAAAAGGAGUACGAGGCCCUCAAUGCCCAGCUCGUGGAAGAGCUGCAGGUGUUCAACCGGGCUGCGCGGGGGAUUCUGCGGAACUGUCUGUGCAGCUUCAUCGCCCGCCUUGGGGACCUGAUGCUGCUGGCAGAGGGGGCUUAUUCCACAGUGGCGCCGGCACCACGGCUGGUCUCGGGCAUUUCUGAGAUUCAGAAUCGGCUCCUGGAAGAGGUUCAAAAUCUGAAUUUUGUCAAGGACAACAGCGCCACCUUUAUUGAGAGGAAACUUAGUUUUGAGAAGAAGAAGCCUGCGCAGAUUCCGCCAGAAAUGCCACGUCAGAAUGACACUCACCGCUGCCAACUUCUGUCCACGUACCGCGCAGAGGAGCUCUAUCAAGCCAAGCGAAAGUGCAACGCGACCCAAGAAUUGGACAUCAACCUUCUGGAAGGAGAGCUGGUGGCUGUGAUGGAGCAGAAAGAUCCCCUGGGGAGUACGAGCAGGUGGCUUGUGGACACAGGAAUUGUCAAAGGAUAUGUGUAUUCCUCCUUCCUGAAACCCUACAAUCCAGCAAAAAUGCAGAGAGGGGACGCAGAGAACAGGUUCUGUGAUGACGACUUUGACAACAUCAGCCUCUUCGUGUCUUCGCGGCCGGCUAGUGACAGUGUCACCGGCACCCCCGAGAGCAGCAGCAUAAGUGACAGCAGCUCAUCUCUUAGUGGCACGUGCGGGAAGUCUGAGACAAACGGCACUGACGCCGACAGUUUUCAAGAAGUAGACGAACAGAUUUUCUAUGCAGUUCAUGCUUUUCAAGCACGGAGUGACCAUGAACUCAGCCUUCAGGAGCACCAGCGAGUCCACAUACUUAGAUUCUGUGACCUCAGUGGCAAUAAAGAAUGGUGGUUGGCUGAAGCUCAAGGGCAGCAAGGCUACGUACCGGCUAACUACCUCGGGAAGAUGACUUACGCUUGAGAAGAUAAAACUGAUAUUACAAACUUUCGACCUGAAAGCAAGAAACCUCCGAACUGUAUGAACUGAUACUGUAUCAAGUUCUCAGGAAGACUGUACUUCCUAACAAGAUUAUUUCAUGAAUGUAUUAUAAACAAUACAUGUGGAAGGAAAUAUUAACGCAACAGAAAUAGCAAACAGCCCAAGCCCCAACUAAUCAACUACAUAAAAGUGGAGAUCUUUUGAAGGGAUAAAUACGUUCUUUUAUCAUCAUGAAAGGUUGGA